GACAAAUGAAGAUCGACCAACAACAAACGUUCGCCGCGGUAACACACUGAAGGAGGAGCAACAUUGUACUGAAUUCGCACCUUCCCCUCCAUUUCCCUCAACAUAACCAAGCGAUUUAGCCAUAGAGGAUACAGAACACUUGAUACUGAAGAGGAAGGAAAGCUGUAGUGUUGAAAUAAGGCAGUGUGUUGGGUUGACAUGAGAGAGCCGCAGCUGAGCCAGGAGUGAACCAAGGUCCCCAAACAUGGACGAGGACACAGGGCUGCGGUCACACAGGCGGGACCGCAAGGAGAGGAAGGAGAAGGAACGCCGGGAGCGUGAUCGCGACCGAGGGGACCGUGACCGAGACCGGGAUCGUGGCGACCGGGACCACCACAGGGACAGGGAGAAAGACCGUGACAGGGAGAGGAAUAGAGACCGAGACAAAGGGAGGGACAGAGACAGAGACAGAGACAGGGAGAGGUCGGACAAGAGGAAGAGAUCACCAGAGAGCAAACUGAAGGAUGAGAGCCAGAAGACCGAGGAGGAAGAAGACCCAAAGGAGAGGAAGGUGAAGAAGGAGCCACUGUCCCUGGAGGAGAUGGUGGCCAGGAAGAGGGCCGAGGAGGAGGCUCUGAGUCGCCCCAAGUUCUUGUCUAAGGAGGAGAGGGCGGCUGAGGCUCUCAAACGCCGCCAGGAACAGGUAGAGGAGGUGAGGAAGAGGCAGGAGGAGGAACGCAAGGCCCGGGACAGCAUGUACCAGGAUGGGCGGCGGGAGCUGGAGCAGGCACUGCGGCAGGAGGAUCCUCGGGAGCGUGACCGCCAUCGCCGUGACCGUGAGCCACGUGAGAACAAGGAAGACAUGGAGCUGGAGCGCAAGAAGCAACUGGAGCGUGACGCUGUGAACGAGCGGUACCUGGGCAUCGUCAAGAAGAAGAAGAAGGUGCGGCGGCUCAAUGACCGCAAGUUUGUGUUUGACUGGGACGCCGGCGAGGACACCUCAGUGGACUACAAUGAGCUGUACAUCAACAAGCACCUGGUCCACUUCUUUGGGCGGGGACACUUUGGCGGAUUGGACCUCAAGGAGCAGAAGAAGGUACAGUCCAAGUUCUACGGGAACUACAUUGAGCACCGGCGCACGCAGGCCGACAAGGACCAGGAGGUGAUUCGCCUCAAGAAGGAACAGAAGAAGGAGGACAAGAAGAAGUGGGAUGACCGCCACUGGAGUGAGAAGGAGUUGGAGCAAAUGACAGAGCGCGACUGGAGGAUCUUCCGGGAGGACUACAACAUUGCCAUCAAGGGUGGCCGCAUCCCCAACCCCAUCCGCAAGUGGGCCGAGUCCAACAUCAAGAAGGACAUCCUGGACAUCAUCUCCAGUGGGUACCUGGAGCCCACGCCCAUCCAGCGGCAGGCCAUCCCCAUCGGUCUGCAGAACAGGGACAUCAUUGGUGUGGCAGAGACCGGCUCUGGCAAGACGCUGGCCUUCCUCAUUCCACUGCUGGAGUGGAUUCAAUCACUGCCCAAGAUUGCCCGUCUGGAGGAUGCAGACCAAGGGCCGUAUGCGCUGGUCAUGGCCCCUACACGUGAGCUGGCCCAGCAGAUUGAGGAGGAGACGUCCAAGUUUGGAGGCCCACUAGGUAUCCGCACGGUGGCGGUGAUUGGUGGGCUGUCUCGAGAGGAGCAGGGCAUGAAGCUGCGCAUGGGGUGCGAGAUUGUCAUCGCCACGCCGGGCCGCCUGGUGGAUGUGCUGGAGAACCGGUACCUGGUGCUGAACCAGUGCACCUAUGUGGUGUUUGACGAGGCUGACAAAAUGAUAGACAUGGGCUUUGAGCCGGAUGUGCAGAAGAUCCUCAAGUUCAUGCCGGUCACCAACGAGAAGCCCGACAAUGACGAUGCCGAGGAUGAGGACAAGCUGUUGCAGAACUUCCUGUCCAAGCACAAAUUCAGGCAGACAGUGAUGUUCACAGCCACCAUGCCGCCCGCCGUGGAGCGCAUGGCCCGCCAGUACCUGCGCCGCCCUGCCUACGUGUACAUUGGGUCGGUGGGCAAGCCGGUGGAGCGCGUGGAGCAAGUGGUGUACAUGGUGACAGAGCAGGAGAAGCGCAAGAAGCUGCUGGACAUCCUCAAGCGUGGCAUCACUCCACCCGUCCUCAUCUUUGUCAAUCAGAAAGGUGCGGAUGUCCUGGCCCGCGGCCUGGAGAAGCUGGGUCACAAUGCCACCACACUGCACGGUGGCAAGGGCCAGGAGCACGAGCAUGCCCUUGCCAACCUCAAGUCUGGCGCCAAGGACAUCCUGGUGGCGACGGACGUGGCUGGUCGUGGCAUAGACAUCAAGGACGUGUCGCUGGUCAUCAACUACGACAUGGCUAAGAACAUUGAGGACUACACCCACAGGAUCGGCCGCGGACGAGCCGGCAAGCACGGCAAGGCCAUCUCCUUCCUCACCAAGGAGGACUCGCACCUUUUCUACGACCUCAAGCUGCUGAUCCAGUCCUCCCCUGUGUCGUCCUGCCCUCCAGAGCUGGCCAACCACCAGGAGGCACAGCACAAGCCAGGCACUGUCAUGACAAAGAAGCGACGGGAGGAGAAGAUCUUUGCCUAGGUGGUACUUUUGUAUGUAGCUCCAGGAACCAACACUGCAACCUUUCUGUUCACUGGUCCUCUUCAUUUAUAGUGCUGGAUUCUUUAGUAACUCAUCUGAUUCCCUUUGCAAUGAAAUGGAUUCCUA